AUGACAUGUGAAAUUCUUGAGAUGUUAGCUGAUGGGCUCAAAAUUCAACCAAGAAACACUUUCAGCAAAUUGCUCAUGGACGAAGAGAGUGACUCUGUUUUUAGGUUAAAUCACUACCCUCCAAGGCCCGAUUACUCGAACUCGGACGAACGUAACCUAAUCGGGUUUGGGGAGCACACGGACCCGCAAAUCAUAUCUGUUUUGAGGUCCAACAACACGUCGGGCCUCCAAAUAUCUCUCAAGGAAGGUAGCUGGAUUUCGGUCCCGGCCGACGAGAGCUCUUUCUUCAUCAAUGUUGGCGACUCAUUGCAGUACGGCGGCGGAUCGGACCCGAUUGGGUCGGGUGCCCCGGGAUGCUGCUACUCGGAGCAGUGCACCGUUUGUCACAAGAAGAAAAAGUUCAACGGUGGGAAUUAUGGGUUUUUGGGGGUGAACAGUGACGAAGCUCAUGAGGGGUUGAAUAUUGGGACGAAAAUGGCCCUGGGGACUGGCUUUGCAAAUUCUGGCAAGCAGCAGGGUCAUGUGGAGAUAGUGGCUGUUCACAGGAAAGGAUGUUCAAUGAGUUCACCAGUGAUGAUGGAACAUAUUUCAGGCUCGGUGGCGUGUGAUGUGUGCGGUGAAGAAGAAUCAACCCUCCAUGUCCUGAGGGAUUGCAAGGUGGCUAAGGAUCUUUGGACCUCUUUGCUGCGGACUGCACCUGUGUGCGAUUUUUACUGCUUGGACCUGAUGGAGUGGCUCCGGCAUAAUUUGCUCAUGCUGCGGCAAGGACGACAGGCCAACUGA